CCUGGUGGAAAAGAAAGACAAAUUGCUACUCCCAUUGUUGUAGAAUACAUCGAAUUCCAAAAACUUUCCAAACCCAGCAUUACCGCUUUCGAGAUACAAGUAGCACUAAUGAACGAUGGUGUUUGCAACUUGGAAAAUUUGCCGUCGAAAUCGACUAUGAGCGAUGUGCUCAGGAAAGACUUAAAUUUUACUUUUAAAAAGUUAAAAGUCGUGCCACAAGAGUCCUUAAACGAACAGAAUCGAGUAAAAUCAAUAGAGUACGCGAUGUUAAUGAGCCAAGUUGAUCCAUCGAGGGUACACUUUGAUGAAUCAUCAGUUAAAAGAACGACAGGCAAUCGCCAUUAUGGGCAUGCUAAAAGGGGGAAGCGAGCUGUAGAAGUUAAACGUUACACGUCCAAUUGUAACUACACUAUAAAUUUAUUGCAAAGCAGAUUUGGCAUAACCCACUACAACUUGUUAGGAGCAUCAAAUGGUUUGGAAAUGUUAUAUUUUUUCCACGAAAGCAUGCAAGUUGUAGGUGAGUUUUACGGAAAUCCUGUGUUAGCACAUGGGAACAUUGUCGUAAUAGAUAACUGUCUGUUUCACCACAGACAUUUUGCGGAGGCAGAAUUGCAAAGAAUGCUUGGCCAAACCUCCAUAUUCUCCCGAAUUUAA